AUGUGUGGUAUCUUUGGUUAUUGUAAUUUUUUAGUUGAGAAAUCUCGUGGCGAGAUCAUCGAUACUUUAGUGGAAGGUUUGCAGAGAUUAGAGUACAGAGGGUAUGACUCUACUGGUAUUGCUAUUGAUGGUGACAGAGAAGACGAAACUGUUAUUUACAAGCAAAUCGGUAAAGUUUCUGCUUUGAAGAAAGAGAUCGAAGCUCAUAAGCCAAACAGGGACGCGCAUUUUGUCACUCAUUGUGGUAUUGCUCAUACCAGAUGGGCUACACACGGUGAGCCAAAACAGGUGAAUUGUCAUCCUCACAGAUCUGAUCCAAGCGGUACUUUUGUUGUGGUUCACAACGGUAUCAUCACCAAUUUUAGAGAUUUGAGACAGCUUUUGACGAAUAAAGGGUACAAGUUUGAAUCCGAUACCGAUACUGAAUGUAUUGCCAAGUUAUUCAAGCAUAUCUACGACACAAAUUUGAAGAACGGUCAUGAUCCAGAUUUCCAUGAGUUAACGAUGCAAGUUUUGCAAGAGUUGGAAGGUUCUUACGGUCUUUUGUGUAAGUCUACUCAUUAUCCAAAUGAAAUCAUCGCCACAAGAAAGGGUUCCCCAUUGUUGAUCGGUGUUAAAUCUGAAAAGAAAUUGAAGGUUGAUUUCGUCGACGUUGAAUUCCCAGAUUCUGAGCAGUUACCAGAUUUGCCAGUUAACAACGAAUGUAACUUGUUGAACGAUGCUGAUAGAAGUUUGCUUCCAUUGGCCGGUGACGAAAGUACCUUGCGUAGAUCUCAAUCAAGAGCUUUCUUAUCAGAAGACGGUUCUCCAUCUCCAAUCGAAUUUUUCCUUUCCAGUGAUGCUGCCUCCAUUGUAAAACACACCAAGAAGGUCUUGUUCUUGGAAGACGAUGAUAUUGCUCACAUCUACGACGGUGAAUUGCACAUCCAUAGAGCUAACAAAAAAUUGACAGAAUCUGCCACCAGAUCCAUUCAAACCCUUGAGAUGGAAUUGGCUCAAAUUAUGAAGGGUCCAUACCAACAUUUCAUGCAAAAGGAAAUUUAUGAACAACCAGAAUCUACUUUGAACACCAUGAGAGGUAGAAUAGAUUUUGAACACAAUCUGGUCAACUUGGGUGGUCUAAAGUCUAGAUUGUCUGCCAUCAGGAAAGCUCGUAGAUUAAUAAUGAUCGCCUGUGGUACUUCUUAUCACUCUUGUUUAGCUACAAGAGCCAUUUUCGAAGAGCUAACGGAGAUUCCAGUAUCAGUGGAAUUAGCGUCAGAUUUCUUGGAUAGAAAAUGCCCAAUCUUUAGAGACGAUGUUUGUAUUUUUGUUUCCCAAUCCGGUGAAACUGCUGACACCAUGUUGUCCUUGAAUUACUGUUUGGAAAGAGGUGCAUUGACCUUGGGUAUCGUGAACAGUGUUGGUUCUUCCAUUUCUAGAAGUACUCACUGCGGUGUCCACAUCAAUGCUGGUCCAGAAAUCGGUGUUGCAUCAACAAAAGCUUAUACAUCACAAUAUAUUGCAUUAGUAAUGGUGGCUCUUUCUCUAUCAGACGAUAGAGUCUCCAAGAUCGAAAGAAGAAACGAGAUCAUCCAAGGUUUGAAAUUGAUUCCAGGUCAAAUCAAAGAAGUCUUGAACGUGGAACCAAGGAUCAAAGAACUUUGUGCUAAAGAAUUGAAGGAUCAGAAAUCUUUACUUCUAUUAGGUAGAGGUUACCAAUUCGCAAGUGCCUUGGAAGGUGCAUUGAAGAUCAAAGAAAUCUCUUACAUGCAUUCAGAAGGUGUGCUUGCUGGUGAAUUGAAACACGGUGUUCUAGCAUUAGUCGACGAAGAUUUACCAAUCAUCGCUUUCGGUACCAGAGAUUCCCUAUUCCCAAAGGUCCUUUCCUCAAUCGAACAAGUGAUAGCCAGAAAGGGUCAUCCAAUCAUUAUCUGCAACGAAAACGAUGAAGUUUGGCAAAACAAGGCCAAGGCCAACAAUUUGAUUACUUUGGAAGUUCCACAAACUGUCGACUGUCUACAAGGUCUAUUGAACAUUAUCCCAUUACAAUUGACCUCAUAUUGGUUGGCAGUCAACAACGGUAUCGACGUCGAUUUCCCAAGAAACUUGGCUAAAUCCGUGACUGUCGAGUAA